CUACUUUCCUUGACUUUGGAGGAGCUGCCGUGCGGAAUACGAAACAAGGAGACACCAUCUAAAAUUUCGAAGAAUUCUUAAAGCCACCUCCAUAACACAACAUUAACAACCUUAAACAUUCUUCAUCUAUUUCAUUCAACUAGAGAGAAGAUUAAGAUAUGACUGAGGAAAACAGAGUGGUACUUUAUGGAUUGUGGGCUAGUCCUUUUGUGAAGAGGGUCGAACUCGCCCUCAAAAUCAAAGGCAUCCCUUUUGAAUAUGUCGAAGAAGAUCUCCAGAACAAAAGUCCGGACCUUCUCAAAUUCAAUUCUGUUUACAAGAAAGUUCCUGUACUCGUCCACAAUGGAAGACCCAUUUGUGAAUCAGCUGUAAUUUUUGAGUACAUAGAGGAAGUUUGGAAGAAUAAUGGCCCUUCCCUUCUACCUCAACAUCCCUACAAACGAGCCCAGAUUCGAUUCUGGGCUGAUUUCGUUCAGAAUCAGUUGUUUGAUGGUCUACUUUUAGCAAUGAAGACAGACGGGGAAGCACAAGAGAAAGCCAUUAAAGACGUGAAAGAGAAGCUGAAAGUUGUUGAAGAACAGGGGUUGAAGAGUUUGCUAGCAGAGGAAAGUCCAUUUGUGAAUGGAGACGAACUUGGAUAUUUAGACAUAGGGAUGUUGGCAGUGCUUGGAAGGUACAUGAUUUACCAAGAGUUUUUUGGAAUGAAAAUUGUGGAAGAAGAAGAGAUCCCAAUUUUGUUCUCAUGGUUGAAUAGAUUAAUAGAGCAUCCUAUUGCAGAGGGAGCUCCUCCCAAAGAAAAGGUUUUGGGGCUUCUUCACAUCAUCAGGCAAAGAUUUCUACACUCCCCUGCUUCUGCUUAAUGCUACAGUCCCAUCUUUGCCUUCACAUGAAUACAAGAUAAAUUAUAAACCUAAAUUUUGUCUCAGUUAAUUGUAUCUGUGUUUCACUAUAUGAUCUUCAAUGAUAAGAUUGAUUGUAUUGUUAUUUUUUUUUUCCCCUUUAAUGAGCUUUUACUGUUUUUCUUGGACAUAUUAAAAUUGAUCCACAGAUGAUCAAUUUAGAUGAUGAAUUAGGUGG